AUGUCACUGGUGUUCAAGUGCGCGGUCAACACUACGUGCUAUCUAUCCACUAAUGUGAUGGUUUAUCAGAUAGAUCGACCGAUUACCUCCCAACGUCGUCGGCUGAGUCUUAAGAUGGCUCUGUGGUUGGGGCGAGAAGUUACUGACCGGAAGGUCCGUGGUUCGAACCCGACAUCUUCAUCUCGACUCUCCCUGUCUAGGCUUGGGCAACAUGGCAGUAUCCCAGGCCUCGUGCUUUCUUCAGGUGGCAUGGCAGUUAAGCACCGAAAGGGUGCCAUAACUGAGUGA